CGAACCCCUCGACACCCGUCUGCCCGUCCAUUCAUACAUCUAUCUGUCCCCCCGCGCCUACUCGUUCACACGGUGCAAUCGGUACAGUGCACAGUGCAUACGAUGUCUGCAACCCCGACGAACGACGAUCAUGACGGCUCCGCGAGUACAUCCCUCCUGUCGCCGGCAGCCGCUACUGCAUACUCCAUCCUCUACACGCUGCUCUACGUGGGCGUCAUCUAUCUCAGCCCCAUCACCCGUCCCCGUCGAGGACUGGAUCGUAGCAGCACCUUCGUGAUCCAGGCACGCGUGCGUGGCGUAACCGUCGUCACCAUGCUGUGUGUGGCCAUCACCUCGGCCGUCGUGCAUUACUCGCGCUCGCCGAGCUCGUGGUGGAGCACCCUCGAGUUCAUGGCCAUCGCACAUAUCACGCCCCGGACCGCGUGGGAUAUCCUCAAGGCGCUGCUCCUCACCGCCGUGUUGUUCCUCGGUCCGAUGCUGGAGCAGAUUUGCACUGGGAGUGUGGGUACGGGUGAAGGAUUUGCGAACGGGAGGCUCACUUGGAUUGGAUGGAGGAACUAUGUCGUCGCGCCGCUCACGGAAGAGAUUGUAUUCCGUGCCUGCAUGGUUCCGCUGUACCUAAUUGCCGGGGUGUCACCCAGUGCGAUAGUAUUUUUAACACCCUUGGUCUUCGGUAUCGCACACUUCCAUCACGCCUACGAAUACCUCCUGAACUUCCCCGGACACUACAAGAUAGCGAUGCUGAGCUCAAUCCCUCAGUUCAUGUACACAACGUUGUUCGGAUGGUUCGCCGUCUUCGUCAUGAUGCGCACGGGAUCGGUGUGGGCGGCGGUCGUGGUUCAUACGUACUGCAACUACAUGGGCCUGCCGAGCCUGACGGUCGAUGGGCCGAGAGGAGUGUUGCUGGCGUACUGGGUGUCGUUGGUGGGUGGCGCCUGGGGAUUCUACAGGUUGUUCUGGACGAUGACGGAGUCCCCCAAUGCCAUGGCCGUUUUCACGUAGGGACAAAAGAACGCGCCGGCUUCGAUAGUAGGCGGCGAGUUCUUUUGUUUCCCUCCUCAGUACGUAUGUCUGUCCGUCCGUCCGACCAUCCUAUUUACGGCGCAAGAGACAUCAUACGUACAUCAUCAUAUAUAUACCCAGGAUUCGUUUUUGCGAAGAGUGAAAUAACCAAACGCCGU